UGUAACGAAAUUAAUGAAAUGGACUUUGUUGUUUCGGUAAAUAAUUAAUUUCUUUAAGUUUUUAUUUAGUUAAACUUACAAUACAGUAAUUAAAAUAAACAACAUGUUUAGGAAUUUAAAAUCAUUUAAAAAGCAAUUUAAAUAUAAACAAUUAUACAAACAACUAGUGAGUACCAUUUAGCGUUGCAAUGCCGUUUAAAGAAAGAAAGUGUUAGUUUGUUUUUUAAUAUGUGUUUAUUGAAGACAUUUUAAAUGCACAAUAUUUUUUUUUUUCUGGUCUUGUUCAUACAUGAAUAAUUUGAAUGUUGUUUCACGAGAGCAGGCCACAUAUAGCUGUCCAUGUGAGAAGCAUGGUGUCACGAGCUCUUUUACAUUAAGUAACAUUUGGGCCUAAAUUAUACACUUUUCUGACACCACCUUGUUUGUACAAAACAAAGAAACAUAAUAAACAUACAAUAAACAAAGAAGUCUUCAAUUAACUUAAAUAACUAAGACUAAUUUAUUAUCUAAAAUGCAUAAGUAACUGACAAGAAACACAAUGCAAAGAACAAAGCAUAUUAUGUAAUGUAAUUGUUAAUUAUAUUAAAAGAUACACUAAGACACCUAUAAUGGUUGUCCUUUAACCUCAAUCAUUCAAAGCACAUCUGCAUGGUACGACUGCACGAUACAGGCACUUUAGUUUAUGACUCCCUCGACACACUACGGGCUGCUGGAGGAGUCUCGUGGGACUGUCUCCAAUCUAGCGUCUCGUUGCUGCUCUGUAUGGAACUAUGCACCUUCGUCUCACUGCCAAGUGCUUGAGAUAAUCGGUCUGCUAGUAUCUAGUGUCGACGACAAUAAAAAGCGCGACUAUUCCUGAAAUGGUAAUCCUCUACAAUCAUAACUCCCAAGCUAGAUACUCACCGUAGUCUUCUAAACUACUAACGUCUACCUAUCGUAACGAUCAAUCACACAAACUACCAUAAAUGUUUCUUAUUCACACACCUUACAUACACUUACGUCUCUAUGUUGACUCUAUGACUCUCUGGCAAACUGGCACAAGGUAAGUCCAAAUCUAAUUCUUUCCUCGUUCUCUAACCCUCAGUGUCCUUCAAAGUGUGGGCAGUGGUCAGUGGUCGUCUACAAAAACGGUGUCGCUAUAUACAUGCCUAUCCGCUUGCCCACGCUACCCUGAUUCUAAUUAUUCCCUGGCCCCAUCCUUGUCUCUCUUACGUAGUUUGACCUCAAGGUCGGUGGUCACUAAAGCACUGGCUGCCAUCGGUGCCCAGAAAGAGACGACUCUACCUUGACGAAUCCUAACGGUGUUGCACCGCGAUAAAUCUUGUAAAAUAUAUUAAUUAUGCAUCCCCCAAUCAUGUGUGAUAAUGAUCGCAGGGGACGCAAUCUGGACCCUGGCUAGCCGCUGGCUCUUCCCACGACCCUGCUGACCGACGCUAAUAGUCAUUCUGUGACACAUGGAUUUUUCAAAUUUAGUUCACACACUUGUGGCGAUUGUCCAUAUGCUUUGCAUAUGGUUAUUGAAAAUGCGAGUCACACAGGAAACUUCAGACGUUUGAAUUCGAAUAACAUAUCUUUUGGAAUCGUUGGGAUGCAUAGCAAAAUUGUAGUUUACUCUUUAAACUUUUAUUUAAAAUGCAGAACGGUUCGGAACAGUAAUUCCAAAAUGUAGCAGUGUUUUUUAAGUGAUUCCCAAACAUAUUUCCUCAAACGAAACCAAUGCCUCGUUUAACCUGUAUUGUGUUAAUCGAAUGUCCGGAUUUUAAUUCUUUGCCUAUAAAUAAUGUAUGAUAUCUUAACUCAUGUAAUCUUUGUAAUUUUCCAAAAGAUCUUAUAGCUUGGAUCGGAAUCUCGUUGUCAUUGUCAAGGGUAUGAGAAUCACUGUUGUUAUGUGUUGAGCAAUUUUGUCAUGUUCGAUAGGGAAAAGAUGUUGAGCUAGAGAUUUUAAGUGUAGCGGUUUCGUGGGUGUGAGAGUGUAGUGUACUGUUCAAAACACGGCUAGAUGUUGUGAUGGAAGAUUGAUGGUGGAUAUAAUAUUUUGACUGUUGGAUUUGUGUGUUACUGUGUGUUAGGCUGAACCGAUUGGAUUAGUAAUCCGUAAUUAUAUCACAACCCUAGUUAAAGGAAUUGUUCUUAAAUAAAUUCAUAUAUUGCUACAAACCGUAAAGUGUUUGUUGAAUUAGAAACUGUUGCUAUUGAUUCUACUGUUCCUGGGAUCAAGUGAGAGACUUGGCCAGAUAAGUAGACACUCAUUACCAUGAGCGGAUAAUUGCAACUCAAUAGAUUCAACGCUUCUACAGUCAUUAUGAUUCCAAAUAAAGUGCGUAUUUGCAGUGGUUCAGCUGUUUUUAAUGCUUCAGUGUGUGAUGUGUCGAAAUGUGAAUCGUUUUCCAGAAGAUUUAAUUAUUACAAAGAUUUACAAUAAGAGGCUCUUACUUCACCGUUUAGUGUUCUCAUGAAAGGAUUCUAUCAACGUACAUUCAUUAAAAGUAAUCGAAAUAAAAAAUUAAUAUGCAUUGUUUUGUUGACUAUUGUUUUCUGGUUGGGACUGGCAGAUUCCUGCUUUGAAGCCCAAGUCCCCAUACCCGGUCUUACACUCUGAAUUCAUGGAGAUAAUUAACAACCAUGGUCUGGAACAGAUGGUUAAAGAACCCACGCGAGGGGAAAACACUCUCGACCUACUCCUCACUAACAGUCCACAUCUCAUCCCAAGAGUAGAAGUCAUCCCCGGAAUAUCAGACCACUGCAUACCGUACUGCGAAUUUCAAGUCAGCGUGCUAAAAAAGAAACAGGCUGUGCGAGAAAUCCCCAUUUAUUCAAAGGCAGACUGGGAUAGCCUGAGAAUUGCAGCGACUGAGCUGAGUUCAAACAUGCAUGAGAUUCAGGGUAAUGUGACAACAGAAGAGCUGUGGAUGAAAUUCAAGAUAACAAUCACUGAUGCAGUGAUGAAAUUCAUACCACACAAGACCUCAAAACCUAAGACUAAUCAACCAUGGGUUACGGCUGAAAUCCAAAGGCUCAUACACAGGAGAGACCGACAGUACAAACGUAUGAAGAAGAAUGGGUCGGUCGAACUAAAAGUCGAAGUACUGAGGCUCCGAAGAACAUUCUAACGCUUACUGCGCAGAUCCUACUGAACUACCUGAACGGCAUCUUCUCAGUGGAAGAUACAAACGCCAAGAACAAGCGGUUCUGAAGCUCUGUCAAGCAUCAAAAUUCAACAAACAUCGGGGUUUCCCCCAUGAGAUGGGAAGGCAAGUUGAAGUCUGAACCCAAAGAACAGGCGGACAUACUCAAUCAACAGUUUCAGUCGGUCUUUGGGGAUGGUAGAGAGUACUCAGAAGUUGAAUUCCUUCUGAAGACCAACAUGAUGAGCACAGCCUACCCCUCCAUGGAAGAUAUCCAGAUUUCAGAGAAGGAUGUGCUUGAACUCCUUAAAAACAUUAACCCCUACAAGGCAUGUGAUCCUGACAACACCAAACCACGAGUGCUAAAAAAUUGGCAAAUGAAAUCGCUCCUGCAUUAACAAUCCUCUUUCAAUCGUCGCUAUUCACAGGCAACGUUCCAACUGACUGGAGAACAGCGUAUGUCACUCCAAUCUACAAAAAAAGGAGAGUGUCGAGUAUGAGCGUUCAUUAGGAAUUGUUGUGACUCAAUAUUAUGUUCAUUAGUUGUUGAACGCUUUUCCCGCGCUUGACUAUUAUAGUUAGUGAACGCUCUUCCCGCCAUUGUCUUUAUGACGUAUUUUUAUGCUGAGUCGUGACGUAUUGUCUAUGCAGUGUUGUGACGUAUGUUUUAGUCGUGCAGGCAGUCUUGAGUGGAACCUUGGAGUGAUAGGAUGUUCAUUAUAUUUACUUAGAUAUUAAAGUUAUAGUUAUUAUGAAAGGGAGUUGAGUUUGUUAAUUGAUAGUGAGAAUAGUACGACGCUUCAACGUGUGAAAGAACUGACGAAUGUAAUCAAUCCAAGAAGACGUGUAGGAGUUGACAGAGAGCAUUACGACCCAGCCAAUUACCGCCCUGUAUCCCUCACUAGCGUAGUAUGUAAACUAUUGGAACACAUAAUCGUAAGCGCGGUCAUGAAUCACCUGGAAAGACACAAUAUACUCAAUGACUGUCAGCAUGGCUUUCGAGUCAACGGAUCAUGCGAGACACAACUCCUUGAAUUUGCUGAAGAAUUGACGAGCAACUUGGAGAACAGCAAGCAGACUGAUGUGCUUGUUCUGGACUUUUCAAAAGCAUUUGACCGUGUCAACCAUAGCUUACAAUUACACAAACUGCAGAGAUAUGGGAUCCAAGGCACUACCAAAACAUGGAUCUCUAGCUUCCUCAGCGACCGAUUCCAGGCAGUAGUGGUAGAUGGCAAAACCUCCUCAUAUGUCGGUGUUAAGUCAGGAGUCCCCCAGGGCUCAGUGCCAGGCCCUUGUUUGUUCCUAGCAUAUAUCAAUGAUCUGCCCGAGAAGCUGACCUCUCAAGCUAAACUGUUCGUAGACGAUUCGGCGGUAUAUAGGACAAUCCUCAACAGCUCUGACCAGAGCCAGCUUCAAUAAGACCUCAAUCGGUUAGCUGAAUGGGAGAUGAGCUGGGACAUGGAAUUUCAUCCUGUCAAGUGCCAGACCCUGUCAGUCUCCAGAAGCAGAUGCCCUCUAAACCACUCUUACGAACUGCAUGGCCAUAUUCUUGAGCAAGUUUCCUCCGUAAAGUACUUGGGUGUUACCAUUCAAAGAGAGGUCCGCUGGGACGAGCACAUUAACAGUGUAUGCAACCGGGCAAACAAGACCCAUGGGUUCCUAAGGCACAAUCUGAAUAUCGAAAACUCAAGCGUGAAAGAAAAAGCCUAUAAAGCCUUUUGUCCGGCGUAUUUUAGAGUACGCUUCUACAGUCUGGGACCCAUUUACCCAGAAAAGCAUCGAUAGGUUGGAGGCGGUCCAGCGACGGGCAGCACGCUUUGUCAUGAACCGCUACAGAAACACCUCAAGUGUUGACAGCAUGCUAGAAACACUGGGCUGGUCUACAUUGGAAGAACGACGACGACUAUCCAGGCUCACCAUGUUGUACAAGAUAAAAAUGUGCUGGUCAACUGCUCCGGAAUGAAACAGAAACUCGUUCAUCUUUCCCGUAGACUGCGACAAAGCCACGACAGACAGUUCCGGCUGAUAAAAACAAGAACAAAGAACAGGAGCUCCUCAUACCUUCCGAAGACAAUCAGGGACUGGAACAAGCUUCCAAAAGCAACAGUCGAAGCGGCUACACUCGACACAUUUGUGUCUAUUGCCUCCUGUAUUCCAACCCCCAGUUCAUAACACCAUUGCUGAGUCGCCCUUGCAACCAGUGAAGCAUCCCAUUGAAACCAAAGCACAGUAACAUCGCAAACCCCUCUGAAACAUAGGAGCCAGAAUGAUCAAUUCAUUGAUUGUGGGCCCUCAAAAUAAAGAAUAAAGAAGAAGAUGAAGGUUAUAAUGACAUAGAAAAAUACGCGGUCUUGUGCAAAACAAAUCACUUUUGUUUAAUCGCAAUCACAUGCAUGGUGUAGGUGCUCAAAUGGGACAUACAUAUCUACCAACCAAACAUAUAUAAAUGCAUACAUAGAAAAAUACAUGCAUAAAAACAUAUAUACAUACAUACAAACAAACAUGCAUACCUACAAAUAUACAUUCAUACAUACAUACACACAUACAUACAUUCAUACAUGCAUACAAAAAUAUAUACAUACAAACAUACAUACACAAAUUUCAUAUAUACUUAAAUACAUAUAUACAUACAUACAUACAAGCAUACAUACAUUCAUACAUACAUACAUACAUACAUUCAUACAUACAUACAUACAUUCAUACAUACAUACACACAUACAUACAUACAUACAUACAUACAUACAUACAAUGUAUGUAUGUAUGUAUGUAUGUAUGUAUGUAUGUAUGUAUGUAUGUAACAUACAUACAUACAUACAUACAUACAUACAUACAUACAUACAUACAUACAUACAUACAUACAUACAUACAUACAUACUUACAUACACACAUACAUACAUACUUUCAUACAUACAGACAGAUAGACAGACAUACAUACAGACAUACAUAAAUAUCUUUAUUUAAACAUAUAUUAAUGAUGUUUAUUAUUUUUUUUUCUAUUUCUUUUUAUAUCACAUCAGACAGCAUAUUUUGAUUUUGGAAUGAAAGAAGAAGACCCUGUAGAAAAAUUGAAGGUUUAUACAAAGAACAAUCCUACUGAGGCUAAGUUGCUUACAAAAAAAGAGGUAACCUACUUUUACGUGAUCGUAACUGCUUUGUGUAGAAAGACAACAAAAUGAUAUUUGAUUUAUUUUAUUUUUUCAUUAAAGUUUGCAUUAGUGAACAUAUUUCAAUUUGAUUAAUAUCAAUUUAAUAAAUUAAUACAGAUCAGCAGAAUUUUAGGUCCUGUAACCUAUAAGGAAGUUGUCAUCAGAGUUUACAGCCGAUCUUUACAAGAACAUAUACAGAAAGCUAUUUAUCUUGCUUCGAAAAAGUGGUUUUCAAGCUGGAACUACAAAGUUGAAAUGAAACAAAGUGAAGAACGGUAAUUUUCUAUCUUUGUCUAGUUGGUAUAAAAUAAAUAUAUAUAUACGAUUUAAGAUUAAUUAAUUGAUUAAUCGUGUAUUUUCCACGAUAACAUUUCGGAUUAACGAUUUAUCAAAUUCUAAAUUGUCCGCCCAAAACUAAAAAGUUUACUAGAAGUCAGGAGGUAAUAAUGAAAGUAAGCAAUAUAAUAUGGUGGCAGAAUGCGAUCGAUAUCUUAUAUAUAUCAAACUAUAUCAGUGCUUUUUCGUGAAUAUUUUGGAUUAAGUUGUCGCUUGUCCAUAAUAUUGAACAUUUUGACAACGUUUGUUGCAUCUAUUGGAAUAAGUCAUUCGCAUAUCAUGAAACGAACAUAUGUUUUACUUAUCAUUGUCAAAACAAACAUGUUAACCCGUAUCAGAAAAUUUAGUUUUGAAAUUCAGCUUCAUCUAGUAAGUUGGUAGUGGCAUAGUCAUCUACUUAUAAGCAUACUUAUCUGAGUCAGUUUUUUAAUCAAUCUGAAUACAUGUUCAGCGUGACAUUACAAUAUCACUUGCAAGUUAAAUGGCUAUUAGUAAAAGACCAAUAUCAACAGUAGAAUUUGACAAACUUAAGCAAGUAUUAAGCAAAACACUUAAAAUACAGUUUACAACCUACCAUGCAGGCCAACUAUUGAUCAAUUGUUGAAUGAUUGUAUUUUAAAAAAAAAAAUGACAAUUGUGUAAUGUCCUAUUUUUUAAACAUCUCUGGGGGAAAAAAGUUCAUGUUGUAUCACUAGUCACAGAAUUACUGGUGACUGGAAAUUGUAAAGUGGUGUUCUUAAAUCUUUGAAUUUUAUUGCAAUUCAUUAUUCCAAUAAUUUUGCUGAUUUAUACGCAUAGUUUUCCCCAGAGUGUGAUACAACAAAUAAAAUUAAGGCUCUCGUCACAGACAAUGCACAGAAUAGUGCAUGAUUUCAGCUUUUAAUUUAAGUGGUUUUCUUCAUAUUCCGUGUAUGGCUUAACGACAGCAGUUGAGCAUAUCACAUUUAUUUAAGGCUGCAGAUACUGAAACAGUGUUAGGUAAAUGUUGCAAAAUUGUAACCCACUUUAAAUACAGUGAUGAAAAUCCAACCGAAUAAUAAAAAUGUUGGGCAAAGCAAAGCAAGAUUUUGCAGACCUUUGCAAUGCAGCAAAGUCUGCAGCAGGCAAGACGAGCAAUUACCUUCUAGACGCCACUGCAAACAACGCAGUAAAAAAAGUUUCACGUGUGUUAGGUAAUAAUUGGAAAAUGAUUUCUAAAUACAUCGACGUUUUAUACUUUUUUUCUGUCAGGCAACGGUCAACUGCAUGUAUAGUUUUAUAUGUGUAUUGCAACUGUAAUCGUUUUUGACGAAGCACAUGAUUGUAAAUGAUGAUGGUCCUGUACAUAUAGCCAUAGUGAAGCCAGGUUCUGUUAAAAAAUUCAUAAAACGAGUAGUUGUUAUGACCUGUACUGAAAUAUUACAUAUUGUUACAACACUUGAUCCACGAUAAAAAAAAUAUAAAAAAAUUGAAGUAAUCGUCAGACGAUUCGAAUAAACCAUUUUUGUCACUUAUUGAGCAACAUAUAGCAGUUACUUUGAAUGAUGUUCAAUUUCAUACUAAUGAUGACAAUGAGAUUGCCGAUGAAACCAUGUAAGAACCUGUUACAAAGAGCAUUAAGUUGAUGGAGUCUGACUCAGACUCGUAAGAAGGUGCUGUAAGCGUUUCUGAUGAACUACACCGCUAUACAAACACGACAAAAGUUGCUGAAAAAAAUCAUUCUCCUCAAUGUUGGAACCUUAAUUAACAUUGAUAUCAGAAAAUGUCGUUAGUGGCCAAGACCUGUCUGAACAUAGCAACUUCGCAAGUUCUCUUUGAACUUUAAUUACUAUCAAUUUUAGUCCAUACAAUUACUACCAAAGCUUUUUGUUUUUUUUAUUAUAGAAUUUUACUUUUAAAUCAAAUUAAUUUGUACUUAACCUAAAAAUCAAUAUAUAUACAUACAUAAAAUUACUACCAAAGCUUUUUGUUUUUUUUAUUAUAGAAUUUUACUUUUAAAUCAAAUUAAUUUGUACUUAACCUAAAAAUCAAUAUAUAUACAUACAUAUAUAUAUAUAUAUAUAUAUAUAUAUAUAUAUAUAUAUAUAUAUAUAUAUAUAAUAUUAGAACCUGAAAAUAAGAAAGUAACGAUUAAAAAAUUUAAAAAAUCUAAAAACAGUUUAUAAGUGUAUUUUAUUAGUUAAAGAUUGCUACAACGCAAUGCAAUAUUAAGUAGAUCCUAUUAUAAUUUAUUGUGUGUUUUAAAUGACUUACAAAAACUAAUAUUCAUGUACAUUUUUUAUAACAUUUUCUUAACAUUUUUUAUUGUGGUUUUAGUUCUUUACAAAAAACUAUAAUUUCUAAAUUCAAUUUUAAACAAUGUAGGCCACGGAAGAAACCUAGGAUGAAACCCAUAUCUCCGGAGUCACUAACGACACCUGAAAAUGAAAACUUAGUUCGUUGA